AUGGAUGUGGAGGUGGUGAGUUUCCGUUUGCCUGGGCAUGGAGACACGGCCCUGAGUAACAUGAACUUCCUGCGGACGCAGCAGCACUUCUGUGAUGUCACCAUCGUGGCGGGAGGCAGGCGCAUGUUCAGGGGUCACAAGGUCGUGCUGGCUGCUUGCUCUGCGUUUCUCAGGGACCAGUUUCUCAUGAACCCCUCAUCAGAGCUACAGGUGUCGAUGUUGUACAGCUCAGCGGUGGUAUGUGAACUCCUCCAGUCCUGUUACACGGGUAUGCUGCAGUUCAGUGCCAAAGAGAUUGUGAACUACCUGACUGCAGCCAGCUACCUGCAGAUGGAGCAUGUGGUGGAGAAAUGCAGAGGAGCCCUGAGCCAGUACAUGCAGCCGCAGAGUUGCAGCCCAGUUGUGAAUUGUAAGUACCCAUUCAUUGGGCUCUAUUUGGGAUCUUAUACCGCAUCACUGCAUCCUCACAAUUCAGGAAAGGAGCUCCAGGCUGCUGAUGCCGAACUCUCCAACAUCCCUCACAAAGAUGACAGUUAUUUGACUAUACACCGUGUAAGAGGAUCAGAUGCAUCUGGACACUUCGAGGGAGAGGAUGGGCCUGAGAGUGACAUCAUUCAGGUGCAGAUCAACGAUGAACAUCAAGACCCCGAGAAGACCUCUGGUGCUGAGGAGGAAGACAGAGAAGCUGUUGUCAUGUUAGACGACCACGAACCGCUGGACACAGGUAUAGAGGAGCCCAAUAUGGAGGGGCGAGCUAAAGGCAACGGCCUCAGAGGGGCAGGCCGCAUGUGGAGACGACGGCACGGAGAGCACAGGGGAGGCAGAGGAAGAGGCUUAAAACACAGGAAGCGAUACAUAUUCAAGGACCGCAGGUUCUUGGGUAACUAUCAGGAUUAUCAGGAGCACCUUCCGACGCCAGAUGAGACCAUAAGUAGUUUUGGAGCCGAUUUCAAGUCCAAUCAGCAUUUCACAGAUGGUUCUGUCUUAGUUGAGUACAGGCCUGGAGAGGGACAAGGAGAAGAGAUCGGCUCUGAUGAAGGUCCUGCACACUUCGGUGUGGAAGCUUCCAGUGGGGAAGAGGGAAUGGGAGUUGGGACACAUACAAAUGAGCAUGAAGCUGCUGACGAGUCCGUGGCAGUGGUUGGAUCCACGUCCAGCGUAACGGGACCAGUGGUGUGUGAGCAGUGUGGACUAGCGCUUUGCUCAACACAGGACUUAGCCAUGCAUUCCCUGGUGUCACAUCGACUGUACAUGUGUCCAUGCUGCGGGAAGCACUUCAGCCACUUUAAUAUCCUCAACCGCCACAUGAUCGUCCACCGUGGAGUUUCCAAGCUCCACUGUUGCCCCCUGUGCCACAAGACCUUCACUCAAAAGUCAACACUGUACGACCACAUGAAUGUGCACAGUGGGGAGCGGCCGUAUGUGUGCGCAUACUGCCACGUCAGCUUUGCCCAUAAGUCUGCUCUGCGCCGCCACCUGAUGGAGCAACACGGAAAGACCAUGCCCCAAAACCACAUGGAGAUGCAGCGAAACAAUGAGGGUGGUGUUGGCCUAGGGUUUUAGAUCAUAUAUAAAUAGGUAAAGUGGGUGUUAUAAUGAAAAUUAAAAUUUACCCUAUUUAUUUUCUUAAUACUCUUUUAUAUUUUUAUUUUGCACAGCCAUAUAAAUGUCUUCGAAAUCGAUAUAUAAUAACUAUGCAUUUGAGCUCUAUAGCCUUGAGAGAAUGAAUGACCUUUUAUUCAGUUAUUUAUGGAUAGUUUGCCCA